AUGAUCACCGACGACGAACUCCACCGUCUGGCCGUCUUCCUCGGCUCCUGCGCCAUGAUGAUGAUCGUUCUUUACCACUUCCUCGAGGUCAAUCAGAAAGAAGAUGACGAGGAGGUCGACGUCAAAAACAACAGCAGCAACAGCAAGCAACAAUCUACGGGCGCGUCGGCUGGGGCAGUGUCGUUAUUAUAA